AUGUCAAUCAAUGAUUUAAUGUCAAAUAGUAUAUACAAUUAUCUAGAACAUUUGGAAUUAAAAGAAGAAGAAAAACUUCAAAAAGAAAUACCAACCACACUUUUACAAACUAUAAAAAGACAUCCAUCAUUAACAAAAUGGAUUAAAUGGACUGUGAUAUUCUAUAUCUUGAGAGUUCCUAACCCAUUACAAUGGUCAAACUUCAUAUGUUUAAAUAAACCAAUACGACAGAUUUUAACUCAUUUAAACAAGACAUCACAUUAUUUCAAAAAUUCACUAUCGAUAGAUAGGAUAUCAAAUUUAAUUACAUGUACUUUUUUAUAUUUUGCAAGUGUUGGGAAUGAUUCAAUACCAAAAGAUUAUGCAUUAAUAUCUUUCUUAAUAAAUUAUCAUGGUGAAUUAAAUCCUCCUUCAAAAUCUCAAAUUUUAGUUGUUCCUAAUGUUUCAAAAUACUUUAAAAUUUCAUAUUAUAAAAAUAAACCAUAUUACAAGUGGUUAAGAACAAUUUAUGAUAAUAAAGAAUUUGUUAUAUUUCCUGCACUUUUGCUCAGAUUCUAA